UACCGCAAAGCGUUUAGCAACCGAACGCUCUGGCCACGCCAAACAUUUAGGACAUUUAUGAUAUUCCUGCAGCACAAUUAAAUGGCGGACGCAUAGCGUGCAUGCAAAGUUUACCGAAAGGACGAAAAUCUGGAUUUUGAAUACCACAAAGCGGCGGGGAUUUAUCCUUGUCUCGUUGGUGAGAUUGUGUGAUGUUGGCGGCUGCGGCUGCKGCUGUGGUGGURGUGUUUGUGUUGUUUUUGCCGCUGCAUGCACUUCCCUCGCCAUCGUGCCAUUAUACUAAUUCGUAGUCGGUGCCGUCAUCAGUUGGAAUCUACAAAAAUUAAUAGAAACGUUUCCUAAGUAAAUUCACUUGGAACAUACUYCACCGCUAAAAAUGGAUCAUUCAAACCUGCCAUUCGGGUUUGCUUUACCCGGUCAUGCACACAUGCCAAUACCACCAACACCAAAUUUGAUGUCUGGCCAUCCCGGCCCCACAUCUAGCCCACCGCAAAGUGUGCCCGGUAGGCGAACACCGCUUGGCGCUGUGGGGCUCGGUGGCUUCUAUGCACAAGGACUUGGUAUGUCACAGCAAGGAUCCAUGCCGACAGAUGAGAAUAAGCCCAGUCCAAGUGCACUCGGGGCUGUUGGUGGCGGAAGUUUGGGACAUGGACGGAAAUCCCCACCACAAUCCCUAUCUGGUGGCACGACCACCGUGGCCGCCGGCAGUGGGACAAGUGGAAGCGGUGGCAGUGGCAAACAGAAAAACCGACAGGCAAAAACAGUGCGACUGAAUAUAAACGCGAGAGAGCGGCGACGCAUGCACGAUUUAAACGAUGCUCUGGAUGAACUACGCAGCGUAAUACCCUACGCGCAUUCGCCUUCCGUGCGGAAGCUGUCAAAGAUCGCCACAUUGUUGUUAGCUAAGAAUUAUAUACUAAUGCAACAGAAUGCUUUGGACGAGUUGCGACGACUCUUGGCCUACAUUCAGAGCACAAGUGGGGCAGCACCGYUAGACUUAGGCUCGUUUCCUGCCGCCGCAAAACUACAGGCACUCUUACAGGGGCCCCACGAGCCACCGAAUAGUAGCUAARCAUUAUGUUACGAGCUUGUGCAAAGUAAGAUGUUGAGCGAAUAGAAGAAGAUAACGAUUUUGCGAGUGAAACGAGAUAGUGCCAAAGACACGUUCGGUUUACAACACGAAUGCUGAGUACUUCCGAUCUUUUUUUACUAUCAGCAAUUUAGUUAGUAACGCACGACUAGCUAAUAGUUUUUAAUUUUUAGAGUAAAACGAAAUCGAUUUUAAUCAGGCGCAUUUUAGUAAAUGCGUAUAAUUAUAGAGAUUUAUGUUUGAAGCAAUCUACACUAGUCAUCACAGCCAUGCCAAAAAUGUUAAGUGAUAUUUUUCUUUCAAUUUGUAUAUUUUACACAUAUUUUUAAGCAUCGAAAAAGCGAUUGCACAUUUAAUAUCUAAGUAUUUGAUUUGAUUAUGAUAUAUAUAUUUAUAGGUAAUAGUUUUUGCAAAGAACGAACUAUAAUAAA